UAUACAAAUUGUGAUAGCAGUGACCAAUUUAAACUUUGCAAGAGGGUCCAAUAUAUAGUGAUGGAAACUUCUGUCACUCAAUUAUAAACAAGUUUAGAAGUGUGAUAGUGGUGAGAGUUUGAUCAAUCAACCCUGUUCCUCCGUUGACUCAAGCUGUAUAAAUUUCUUCUCUGAACAAAAUUGUGUCCAAUCCACCCUCCUACGUGUGUGAGCGUGUGAGGAGAGAAAAAGAGAGAGAGAGAUGGGAAGAGCUCCUUGUUGUGACAAGGCCAAUGUAAAGAAAGGGCCAUGGAGUCCUGAGGAAGAUGAAAAGCUAAGAGAUUUCAUAGAGAAACAUGGUACAGGUGGAAACUGGAUUUCCCUCCCACAUAAAGCUGGUUUGAAGAGAUGUGGCAAAAGUUGCAGACUCAGAUGGCUUAAUUAUCUGAGGCCAAACCUUAAGCAUGGCGAGUUUUCUGAAGAUGAAGAUAGAAUAAUCUGCACUCUCUUUGGUAGCAUUGGAAGCAGGUGGUCCAUCAUAGCAUCUCAGUUGCCAGGGAGGACUGACAAUGAUAUCAAGAACUACUGGAACACCAAGCUUAAGAAAAAAAUGAUAGGAAUAAUGAACCCUUCAGCACUGAAGAAGCCUCAUCAAGUUACCCUUUCAUCCAUGCUUCAAAACUCAACACCCUCUUCAUCCUCCUCCUCAUCUUCAUUAUCACUAAAAGGAAAUCACAGCUCAAACCAUCAACCCCAUCUGCCCCAUGUGCCUUUCACAAGCCCUGAGACCAUUUCAUAUGAAAGUCUUCUGAGUGGAAAAUCUUGUUCCACUUUUGAGAGCCUUUACCAAGUUAAUUGUGGGUUUAUGCUGGGGGGUGAAACAAGUUGCAGCUCUUCUUCAGAUGGAAGCUGCAACAACAAUAAUCAGAUGAAUCAUGUGAAAGGAGCAGAAGUUGGAUAUGUUGGUGUUGGAGGUUUUGAUGACCAAAUUGGUGGUCUCAGUUACCUCUCUAGUGGGGUGGAAGAUACCCAAAAGUUGAUGUCCUCCAAUGGUGGUAUGACUAGUGGGUGGACAGGUGAAGAAAGUAGAUUAUGGGGAGAAAGUCCAUCAGAGUAUGGUUUACAAGAAAUUAAACAGCUAAUAAGCACAAGUAGUUGCAACAACUUUAUGUUUGAUGACAGCAAGACAGGGGAAAUGGUGAUGUACUACUGAUGAUGGUGACAGGCUAUAAGAUGAAGAAUAUUUGAAGGGUAAAAGCGGGGAUGGGAAGAUUGAGAAUUGAAGUUGGUGUAUGUUUUUGUGGGAAAGGUAGUGUUUGAUUGGGCCACUUACUUCUUUUACAGUACAUGUUGGAAGUUUCCUUUGUAUCAUUUCCUUGGUGCAGGCAUUAUUAACCCCACCAUCGCCAUGAUGUAUCCAAAUAACAAAUGAAUCACAAAGGAAAUGAGGAAGCCUUGUAAAGUAGAGUUCCCCUGAAUCCUUCUUCCACCAGAUUUAGUAAGACUAUUACACCUCCAAUCCACUUCUAUUCUAUUGUUUAAUAUUAUGAAACCAUUUAUGCACUUAAAGUUCA